AUGAAACAUAUUCUGGCGUAUGGAAUUUGCAUGUUCGUUGCUCUUCUCCAAGGCGUGGAGGGCGUCCAUUUCUACGCCAAAUCUGGGGAGACCAAAUGUUUUUAUGAGCGUUUAUCAAAGGGAGACCUACUAAUCGGUGAUUUAGACCUAUUUGUGGAAAACAAUGGCCUAUUUGAAGAGGACACUGGUGCUAGUUUGACCAUAUCUGUAGAUGAAACUUUUGACAAUGACCAUCGUGUUCUAAAUCAGAAAAAUUCGCAUACAGGUGAUUUUACUUUCACAGCUUUAGAAUCUGGUGAGCAUAGAUUUUGCUUCACCCCAUCUCACAGCAAGAAAUCCGCUUUACUAAGGGUGUUUAUUCAAUUAGAAAUUGGUAAUGUCGAGGCGCUUGACAGCAAAAAGAAAGAAGACAUGAAUUCACUCAAGGGGAGGGUAGUCCAGUUAACCCAAAGGCUAUCCUCUAUUCGUAAGGAACAAGACGCUAUAAGAGAAAAAGAGGCGGAGUUCAGAAAUCAAAGCGAGUCUGCCAACAGCAAGAUAAUGACAUGGUCUAUAUUCCAGUUUCUCAUACUAGUGGGCACCUGUGUGUUCCAGCUACGCUAUCUGAAAAACUUUUUUGUUAAGCAGAAGGUUGUAUAG